AUUUCAGGUGAACUGGAUAAACAAAAUUUAAGCUUUAUUGGGAAGAGAACUGCUUGGUAUCGCCCAACAAAUAUUGUUGAUUUGUUGGAUUUGAAGGAUAAAUAUCCUGAUGCACGUAUAGUUGUAGGAAACACAGAAGUUGGGGUGGAAACAAAGUUCAAAAACUGUGUAUAUCCAGUCCUCAUCAAUCCAAGUAUGGUUCCUGAACUAUCUGCCAUCAAUGUAACUGAAAAAUACAAAACAAGGAUAUUUUCUGCAGUUGUGGACAUGCUUCAUUGGUUUGCGGGAAAGCAAAUUAGAAACGUCGCGGCCGUGGGAGGAAAUCUGAUGACGGGAAGUCCAAUAUCAGAUCUCAAUCCAAUUUGGAUAGCUGCUCGGUGCCAGCUGCAGGUGCAAAGUAAAACCCGUGGUGUACGCAUUUUGACCAUGGAUCACUCCUUCUUCACUGGUUACCGGAGAAAUGUUAUAAAACCUGAUGAAGUACUUGUGAGAAUUAUAGUGCCAUUCACAGCACAGAACCAGUACUUCCAUGCCUACAAACAAGCAAGAAGACGGGAUGAUGAUAUUGCCAUUGUUAAUGCUGCUUUUAAUAUCUACUUAGAAAACAGUAGUCCUGUAAUUAAGGAUAUUGUGAUGGCAUUCGGGGGAAUGGCUCCAACUACCGUGACCGCUCAGACAACUCAGCAGAAAUUAUUGGGAUUGAAAUGGAAUGAUGCCUUAUUGGAAAAAGCUUACGGCUAUUUAGUUAAAGAUCUACCACUUGCUGGUAAUGCUCCUGGCGGAAUGGUGCAGUAUCGAGUUGCCCUUGUCCUCAGUUUCUUCUUCAAGGCAUAUCUGGCAGUCUGCCAGAAGAUUCAGACAAUCUAUGCAGAUUAUCCAGCCAUUCCUAAUGACCAUGAAAGUGCAGUUCGUGGAUUCGGUUCCGUCAAGCCUUCGAGUGCUCAGUAUUUUCAAGUGGUCCCAAAUGAUCAGAAAGUGAACGAUCCUGUGGGUCGCCCAAUUGUUCAUAAGUCAGCGUAUAAACAAGCUACAGGAGAAGCUGUAUAUUGUGAUGAUAUGCCCCAAAUAAAAGGCGAGCUGUAUUUAGCACUAGUGUUGAGUUCAAAAACACACGCUCGAAUCCUAUCUAUUGACGCAUCUCAGGCCUUGGCUUUGGAUGGAGUACAAGCUUUUUAUUCUGCGGAAGAUCUCCCAGGAAAAAGAAAUUCUUGGGGACCCAUUAUUCACGAUGAGGAAGUCUUCGCCAGAGAUGUUGUAACGUACCAAGGUCAACCUGUAGGAGCAAUUGUAGCGGAUGAUCAGAGAAUUGCUCAACAGGCGGCAAAAUUGGUCAAAAUUUCUUACCAAGAUAUUGAACCUGUUAUAGUUACAAUCGAGGAUGCAAUAGAAAAGGAAUCAUUUUUCCCUGGAUAUCCUAAGAAAUUAGAAAAGGGAAAUGUUGAUGCGGCUUUUGCGGCUGCAGACAAUAUUUUGACUGGUGAAGCUCGUAUGGCUGGUCAGGAACAUUUUUACUUAGAGACGCAUUGUUGUAUUGCUGUACCCAAAUGUGAGGACGAUGAAUUGCAUAUAUAUAUUUCUUCUCAAAAUCCAACCGAAGCUCAGAAAUUAAUAGCAGAAAUGCUUGACAUUCCUGCAAAUCGAGUAACAUGUCAUGUUAAGAGAAUGGGUGGAGGAUUCGGUGGAAAAGAAUCAAGGUUUAAUGUAGUCUCUUUGCCUGUCGCAUUGGCAGCUCACAGGUUACAACGACCAGUUCGGUGCAUGCUGGAUCGUGACGAAGAUAUGAUAGUGACUGGUCAGAGGCAUCCUUUUCUUGGACGGUUCAAAGUUUCUUUUACCAAUACUGGUAAAAUAACAGGUUGUGAAGUGUAUAUAUAUAAUAAUGGUGGCUAUUCAAUGGAUUUAUCGGGAGCGGUUCUGGAAAGAGCAAUGUUCCACACUGAAAAUUCAUAUAAAAUAGAUAAUGUCAGAGUACAUGGAUAUGUUUGCCGAACUAAUAUUCCUUCAAAUACAGCAUUUAGAGGAUUUGGUGGGCCACAAGGAAUGUUUUUUGCUGAAACAAUGAUCAGGGAUAUUGCUACAUAUCUGGGAAAGGAACCUUCAGAAGUCGCUGAAAUUAAUUUAUAUCAAGAAGGAAAUAUAACGCACUAUAAUCAACCGCUACUUAAUUGCACCCUACAAAAAUGUUGGACAGAAUGCGUUGCCAGAUCUGAUUACUCAGCAAGACAACAAGAAAUUCAGCAAUACAAUGACAUUGUGCCUACAAAAUUUGGCAUAUCCUUUACCUGCAAAUUCUUAAAUCAAGCUGGUGCAUUAGUGCAUGUUUAUACAGAUGGAUCAGUACUUCUCUCUCACGGUGGAACGGAAAUGGGCCAAGGAUUACAUACAAAGAUGAUACAGGUUGCCAGUCGAGCUUUGGGAAUUUCAGAAUCACUAAUACACAUAUCGGAAACUUCUACGGACAAAGUUCCUAACACAUCAGCUACCGCAGCAAGUGCCGGAUCGGACCUGAACGGGAUGGCUGUUUUGAAUGCAUGCCAUACAAUAUUAGAAAGACUUCAACCAAUUAAGAAAGCAAAUCCAUCUGGAGGAUGGGAAGAUUGGAUCAAAGCAGCAUAUGUUGAGAGAAUAAGUUUAUCUGCAACUGGAUUUUAUAGGACGCCCGAUAUUGGUUACGACUGGGAAAAGAAUGAAGGAAAUCCUUUUAAUUAUUUUACAUUUGGAGUAGCAUGUUCAGAAGUUGAGAUUGACUGUUUAACUGGAGAUCAUCAGGUUCUCAGAAGUGAUAUUGUAAUGGAUUUGGGAGAAAGUCUCAAUCCAGCAAUUGAUAUAGGCCAAAUAGAAGGGGGCUUCAUACAAGGUUAUGGACUUUUCACCCUGGAAGAACCGAUCGUAUCUCCAAAUGGAACCUUACUUACUCGUGGACCAGGAACAUAUAAAUUACCUGGAUUUAGUGACAUACCAGCAGUUUUCAAUGUGUCACUUCUUAAAGGAGCAUCAAAUCCACGAGCAGUUUAUUCAUCAAAGGCUGUCGGCGAACCGCCAUUAUUCUUAGCCUCAUCAAUAUUUUUUGCAAUUAAAGAUGCUAUUAGUUCUGCUCGAGUGCAAAGAGGAUUCAGCAAGAAAUUUAAAUUGGACUCACCUGCAACCGCUGCGCGUAUUCGUAUGGCUUGUGAAGAUGAUCUCACAUCAAAGGUGCCGGCCGUUGACCCAAAAUUAACACCAUGGGGUGUGACAGCUUAAGAAGACAAUAACGCCAUUAGAAGAGAUAUGUUUUAAAAGUGGAUAUGUAGCAUCUUUUUCGUUAAAGAAAGUCUUAAAGAAACUUAUUGGUGGUAAUAUCAGUAAUUAAUGAUAUUCUGAUCGUGAUAUUCUGCCGAUUGUUAAUUAAUUAUGAAAGAUGGCAUUAAUUAAUUAUGUGAAAAUAUAACCAUAUAAAAUAAACCAACGUACAAUAAACUUUCAAUAUAUCA